AUGUAGCGGGCACUCGGCAUCCUCGGCUGCUGCCCGGCACUGCUGCUACUGCCGCAGCUGCUGCCCGCGGAGCGGGGCUCCCCGCAGCGUCUGCGCCGGCAGCCGCGCCCGCCCGGGAGCCACUCCGGUGGCCUCGCCCUCGCAGACGGUGCCUGUAAGAACCGGCCCCUUGACCUCGUCUUCAUCAUAGACAGCUCCCGCAGUGUCCGAGCUGAAGAGUUUGAGAAAGUGAAAAUCUUCUUGUCAAAAAUGAUUGAUACUCUGGACAUUGGUGAAAAAACAACCCAUGUGGCAGUCAUGAAUUAUGCCAGCACUGUAGAGUUCCCUCUCCGGACCUACUUUGAUAAAACAUCAAUGAAAGAGGCUAUAUCGCACAUUGAGCCCUUGUCUGCUGGCACAGUGACUGGCCUUGCCAUCCAAACUAAAUCAUUUUUAAAAAGCUUUGUAGCUGCAAAUGUGUGUGCACUUGGAGCCCAUAACUGUGAGCAGAUCUGUGUGAGCAACAGUGGGUCCUACCUUUGUGAUUGCUAUGAAGGCUACGCUCUGAAUCCAGGUAAGAGAACCUCCUCAGCUGUGGACACGUGACCUGGAAGACAUGAUUGUGAUCAGAUCUGUGUGAGAAACAACGGAUCCUAUGUCUGUAACUGCUAUGAGGGCUACACCCUGAAUUCAGACAGGAAGACUUGCUCAUUGCUGUUUUCUUUCUUAGGAGCCACAGCAAGCAGUCUUGUAACUACUGAAGAGUCCUGUAAGUGUGAAGCCAUAGCUGCCCUGCAGGACUCAGUCACCUCACGCCUUGAAGCUCUGUCUACAAAAUUAGAUGAAGUGUCUAAGAAGCUGGAGGCAUAUCAAGGCAGACAGCAGGUUGUCUGAGCUAUCAUUCUACUUAAUCUUCAAAUACUCUUUCAGAAUCAAUCCUUUUGAUUGAGUUCAGCAAGCUUUAUUUUGUUGCACAGCUCACAAAACAGCAGUUGGUUUGUUGUUAUUGACAAAUAAUAUGUCAAGAAGACUUCAGGAAGACAACAGACCCUGGAACUUCAUCUGCAGUAACUUUAUAACCAUAAAGCUAUCUGUACCUGCUGUGCUUUGCUGUACAAGCAGUACAGCAGGUACUGCUUUUCUGCAGUAACUGCAUUUUUAUUAUCUUGUUUAAAAGUAAAUAAAUAAAAAAAGGGAUACACUAUAUGACAUAGUAUAAAACUGUGAAAUGGCAAGGCAGAGUAAAUAAUGUGCCCACAUCUUCUAUCCAUUAAAUGAGAAAGUAAGUUGGGAUCUUGUAACUUAUUUUAAUAAAAUGAAGUAUAUUAUGCACACUGA